AUGAGUGAGCAGGAGGUGUCUUACUCAAAUGUGAGAUUUCAAAAAUGUUCAGAUUUGCAGAACCAAGUGAGACCUGAGGAGACCCAAAGGGCCAGAGCAGCUGGCCACAGAGAGAGGUCAGUCCCCUGGCAGCUCAUUGUGGUAGCUCUUGUAAUCCUCUGUUCCCUUCGGCUGGUAGCUGUUGUAAUGUUCGUGACAAACAUUUUUCAGUAUACUCACGAAAAACAUGAACUGCAUGAGACUCUAAGCCACAAGUAUAAUUGCACAUCCAUGCCGAAUGACAUUGACUUAAAGGAAGAAAUGCUAAGAAAUAUGUCUAUAAAUUGUAGUCGAGGCAAUGAUCUUCUGCUAUCACUAAAGAGAGAACAGACAAGAUGGUACCGUGAAACUAAGACUGUUAUACCUUCCUUUCAGCACACAGGCAAAAAUGUUGAAAUAUACUGGUUCUGCUAUGGUAUAAAAUGUUAUUAUUUCAUCCUGGACAAAAAAACCUGGAUCAGAUGUCAACAAGCCUGCCAGAAAUCCAGAUUAUCCCUUCUGAAGAUAGAUGAUGAGGAUGAGCUGAAGUUCCUUCAGCUCCAGGUUCUUUCAGACCAGUACUAGAUUGGAUUGUCAUACAAUAAAGCAAAAGAGGAAUGGUCAUGGAUUGAUAAUGGCCAAUCUGAAUUUUCCUUGAACCUAAAAAAAUACAAUGAAAAGUAUGGAGGAUGUAUGUUCUUAUCUCAAACAAGACUAGAAAAUGCUAUGUGCAUGAACCGUUACCCAUGUAUUUGUCAGAAGAGACUGGAUAAAUUCCCUGAUUGA